AUGCAACGCACGGUGGUGAUGCUCGGGGUCCAUGGAGAGGCAUCGAGGCAAGCAGGCAACGAGGCACGGGCGACGGGUCCUGGUGGCCGGCAGGAGAGGUUCGAGACGGCAGCGGCGAGACAAGGUGCGGCGGAGCGCCAUGGCACUGGCGCGACACCUGCGAGCAGAGGCGUCCGUAGGGCCGCAGAGCAGCAGCGGCAAAGGCGGACAUGGAGGAGAGAGAAGGGCAUGGGCAGGGAGGCCCCGGUGGUGCAGGGACGAAGCAGCAGUGCGUUGGCGCAGGUCGUCGACGGUGAAGGGCCCUGGCACAGCGAUGGGGAGGUAGUGGAGUAG